UCGUUGCGCUCGACGUGAACAGACGUGCGUGUCGGAACAAGCAACCGAAAGUCAAACACGAAAACAGAAAUCAUAAAACAGAAAUCAGAGAAAAACAGAGAAUCUGAGCAAUCAGAAGAAUCAGUAGCGAAGUGACAAGUGACCCAGUGACAAGUGUCUUUAGCGAGUUAACAAAAAAAAUCAAUGGCCCUGGAGGAUCGCUGCAGUCCACAAUCAGCGCCCAGUCCCGUUACCCUACAAAUGCAGCAUCUCCACCAUCAACAGCAACAGCAGCAGCAGCAAAUGCAGCACCUCCACCAGCUGCAGCAACUGCAGCAGUUGCAUCAGCAGCAGUUGGCCGCCGGUGUGUUCCAUCAUCCGGCCAUGGCCUUUGAUGCUGCAACGGCGGCUGCUGCAGCAGCUGCUGCGGCCGCCCACGCCCAUGCUGCUGCACUGCAGCAGCGACUAAGUGGUAGUGGCUCUCCAGCCUCCUGCUCCACUCCUGCCUCCUCGACCCCGCUGACCAUCAAGGAGGAGGAGAGCGACUCCGUGAUCGGGGACAUGAGUUUCCACAACCAGACGCACACCACCAACGAGGAGGAGGAUGUGGAGGAGGAGGACGACGACAUCGACGUGGAUGUGGAUGACACGUCGGCCGGAGGACGCCUGCCACCACCCGCCCACCAGCAGCAGUCGACGGCCAAGCCCUCGCUGGCCUUCUCCAUCUCAAAUAUCCUGAGCGAUCGUUUCGGGGAUGUCCAGAAGCCAGGAAAGCCCUUGGAAAACCAGGCCAGCAUUUUCCGGCCCUUCGAGGCGAAUCGCUCCCAGACAGCCACGCCCUCCGCCUUCACAAGAGUGGAUCUCCUGGAGUUCAGCCGGCAACAGCAGGCCGCCGCAGCAGCAGCCACUGCAGCCAUGAUGCUGGAAAGGGCCAACUUCCUGAACUGCUUCAAUCCCGCUGCCUAUCCCAGGAUUCACGAGGAGAUCGUGCAGAGUCGCCUGCGAAGGAACGCGGCCAAUGCCGUCAUCCCACCACCCAUGAGCUCCAAGAUGAGCGAUGUGAAUCCGGAGAAGUCCGCGUUGGGAUCUCUGUGCAAGGCUGUCUCGCAGAUUGGCCAGCCGGCUGCUCCCUCGAUGACCCAACCACCUUUGGGCAGCAGUGCCAGCAGCUUGGCCAGUCCGCCACCCGCCUCCAAUGCCUCCACCAUCAGCAGCUCGUCCUCCGUGGCCACCAGCUCGAGCUCCUCCUCCUCGGGAUGCUCCUCCGCCGCCAGCUCGCUGAACUCCUCGCCCAGCAGCCGACUGGGAGCCAGUGGAUCGGGAGUUAAUGCCAGCAGUCCCCAGCCGCAGCCCAUUCCUCCGCCAUCCGCCGUUAGCCGGGACUCCGGCAUGGAGUCCUCGGACGACACGCGAUCCGAAACGGGAUCCACAACUACCGAGGGAGGCAAGAACGAGAUGUGGCCUGCCUGGGUCUACUGCACCCGCUACAGCGAUCGUCCAAGCUCAGGACCCCGCUACCGCCGCCCCAAACAGCCAAAGGACAAGACCAACGACGAGAAGCGGCCAAGGACCGCCUUCUCCAGCGAGCAGUUGGCCCGCCUCAAGCGGGAGUUCAACGAGAAUCGCUAUCUGACCGAGCGGAGACGCCAGCAGCUGAGCGGCGAACUGGGCCUGAAUGAGGCCCAAAUCAAGAUCUGGUUCCAGAACAAACGGGCCAAGAUCAAGAAGUCGACGGGCUCCAAGAAUCCGCUGGCCCUGCAGCUGAUGGCCCAGGGAUUGUACAACCACACCACCGUGCCGCUGACCAAGGAGGAGGAGGAGCUCGAGAUGCGGAUGAACGGGCAGAUCCCCUAAGCGGUAUCCUCACCGGAUUUCAAGGAGAGCUUCUUCAUCCUUCAAAAGGGCGCGUGCAAUAUUCGAGGGCGUACAAACGGUUUUUCAUGUGAUAUAAUUGUAGCGUACAUAUGUUUUUUGUAUAUAUAUAUAAAUAUUUGAUAACCCUAGCUAAGCGUAAGAUCUAUCCGUAGCGAAUUCGAGCUGUAAGUUGUUGGCGUAUUUAUUUAACCACCCUUGGAUAGCCGAAAGUAUUAUGCCGCAUCCAACCAACUCGUAAUCCUCUAACACAUGGCUUGUCGCAUUUUAAAAGCUUCGACUUUUAGACGUUUAUUCCUACACAAAAUCAUCUAUAGUUAUUAUUCUCUAUAAAUUAUGUGCUUACGAACCACUCUGUAAAUUAAGUAACUUAAUAGUUCCCCCUAGCUUAAUUUCUAGUUUACACACAUAAGGAUUGCUAUGAAUGAGUAUUUUUAGUUUCUAAGCGAAAUGUUAACGAGCAAGUAAUAGCUGACAAAUGCACCUAAGAAAAUAACAAUGAAAUGUUUAUGCUAAAGCAAGUUCAAGAAAAGAAAAACUAAA